ACAAGCCCUCCCUCUCCUCAGUCUGAGCCCAACAAGAGAUCAUCAGAAAGAUGCCAUGGAAGUUGACAGGAACCAGGACCACGAAGAUUAUGAUAAAGAAGAUAUUGAUGAAACUCCCAGUUCUGAUCUGAUCUCAAUGACAGAGAAAAAAGAAGAAAAAGAAGAAGAAGAAGAAGAAAAAGGAGAAGAAGAAAUCACAGUGGAUUCUUCGGGGUCUGUCACAAAUGUCACAAGCCCACUGAACAAGGGGCAAUAUUGGAUCCCCACACCUGCUCAGAUCCUGAUUGGUCCGACACAGUUUCCUUGCCCUCUCUUGCUUCAAGACUUUCAAACAGAUACAACAACCUUCAGAUGGGGCUUUAUGUUUUCUGCACCUAGGAGAUUGUAUCUUCCCAGGAGGUGCAAGUGUAAAACUGGUGAGAUAAUGAUCUUUGUUAAAAAAGAAGAGAGCAAAACCCACCUCACUCAUUACAUACUUAGCAAAAGCCCUGACACGGUUGUUGCCCUAGCGAGCAGAGGUCUGUCCAUUAUGGCUUGGCUUCUUCUCUUCAACUGUGAACUAUACAGGGAAAUCAUUAAAAAUCUAACUGGCUGGAAAGAG